AUGGACCCCAAUUACCGAGGCGGGGACUCGAACGAGUUAUCGCCUGAAACUCGAGGCCCAGACGGGGAGGUUAGAGAACCAUCCGGCGGUACCCCCGCCACCCCAAGCGAUAGCAUUCUGGGCUCCUACAACGAGGAGACCUCCCCGGCAGAGGAGGCUGAGAAGCCAAGAGCUGCCAAUGAUGCUCCCAACUCCCCAGCCGGCUCUGAUGAUGGACGGGUUGAGAGUAGUAGCUCCAGCUACUUAACCGUAUCAGAAGAUAAAGAAGCUAAGAAGAUGCUACCUUCCGCCAAGACACCCGCAAGGAAGGCUUCAGAUAUCCGCAAGGAGAAUCUGGAGAAGAAACUUGCUGCUCAGGCGGCUAAAAAGGACGGUGUUAUUCCCCGUUCUUUACAAAAACAGAUCCGGCAAAGGCUGUCUGUUGAGGAACCGGCACUCAAGGUGCCGAAAACUGCUUCUACCGACCGGGCUACUACCGGCGGUAAAUCAAUAAAGACCCCAGGCGGGUCUAACACUGAGAAGGCCUUAGAGGCCACUCCAAUAAGGACCGCAACCGGUCCUUCUGCUUCUGGAAGCCAAAAGGCUUCCCAAAAAGCAUUCUCACCGUCUGUUUCUGGUGCAGAUAACUCACCACACUGGCUGGACGCUGCUCAAUACGCCCGAGCCAUGCUGAAAGCCGUCCCCCGGGACGAGAAGGAGGCGAUUCCUGGAAUCAACUCCUUCAAUGCCGACCGGGUGAUGGUCAACCUGGCUGAUGCACUGCUCCGCGUGGAGGGGCUUAAGAAGGCCUACAUCCGCAAACUGGAAGAGGUAAGAAGAGCCAAACAUUCUGUGGAUGACGCACAUAGCGUUGCUCACUAUUCUAUGAUUGUGCAUGACUUAGAAACUAAAGCUAUAAUCAUGCAACAUGCCGAUCAGGUCAAGUCCCUCCAACGGGCCCUCUCCGAGCAAAAGCUCAAGCUGGACAACCUCCAGGCGGCCCUGGAUAACGCUGAAGACGAGCUGAAAAAGCAUGAAUAG